AUGGAGGACGAUGAUGCCACGACGGAGAGCGCGGUGGUCCAGUGCUCCAUCUCCAGCUCCAGGGCUGCCGCCGCCGACCCAGUAGCAGACUCGUCGUCCACCGGGUACACUGAACUCGAGAAGGAGGUCUUCGGCCGUCUCCUGGAGAAGGGAAUCCCCGAGGUCGUUUCAGACCCGGCGAGCUUCGGCAAACAGCUCCACCGGCACUUCCAGCGCCUGCCGAUGAGCUACGCCAUCGAUGUGAACGUGGACAAUGCGGAGGACGUGCUUCUGCACCGGAGGAUCCUCGACGAGUGCGCUGACCCUGACAAGCGCCCCGUCUUCCAUGUCCGCUUCUUGCACUGCAUCCCUGGCCCGGUGGUGGAUUCACAAGACAACACAUGGGGCUCUCUCACUGCCACUUCGAGUACAACUGAAACCAGCCUCUUUCAAUGA